AUAUACACAUAGACACUGUAUGAGUGCAUGUUUAUUUACUGUCUAAACGGAAGAAGAGCAUGUCCCGCAUUUAGCCAUUUUGUCUUUAGACCAGGAAAAACGUCCUAGAAGUAAGACAUGACUUAAUGUAUUUCAUAUAUAAGUCCGUUUCGUUUGAGUCAGCGCUUUAACACCGGAUAGGGUGCCGUUUUCUAUCACUAGGUUAGCUUAGCUACCUGUGUUUACUUGCUAGCAUGACAGCUAACUAACAUGUUCGCGCGCUCGUCAGCUCGAUGCAUUUCUCUUUGAUACGACUAAUAUGGAAUGAAUAAUUUAGGUUAGUAAAUUUGCAAGAAAUUGCUUAGGCACUUUGCGGAUAUAUAGCUAUUCAGCUCAGCUAGCAUUUCGCUAUAUAAAAUAAGUCAUAAUUUAGACAGUAGUCCAGACUGUAAAAUUAUAACCAGCUGUUUGGAAAGUGGUUUACAAGACAGAAGUGAGACUUCCGGCCACUGUCCACAUCAACACAGCUGUGCCGGAUAUUGAGGUGCGAUCUCGUCCCUGUCCCAAUCUGCUAAAGCAUGCUGCAAGAAUGCAGUCUAUAAGCAGAAGAGAUUCUGGAGUGUGGCAACAAACCAGGGGCCUGCUCUACAAAAACACCCUCAUCAAAUGGAGAACCAAGCAACAAAGUCUGCAGGAGCUGAUCCUUCCUCUGCUCCUUUUGGGCCUUCUCAUCCUCAUCAGUAUGCUAAACCCACAUAUCUCUUAUGGCAGCAUCAGUACUACUAAUCUUGGUGACGAUGAGUACGCGUCAUUCAGAGGCCUGGGCUACACGCCUGUAACAAAUGUCACAAGUCAGAUUAUGGAGGAGGUCGCACAAGAGCUACAAAUGCAGGAACGAUUGGAGAUGUUCUCUAGUGAAGAAGACCUGGAAAACGCCAGCCUGUAUGAGCCACUUGGCUAUGUGGGUGUAGUGUUCAUUGAUAAAAUGUCCUACAAGCUACGUUUCCCCUACUCCCACGUCCCCCUAACUAGUGUCUACACUGAGUCAACUGCAAAUUGUUACCAAGAUUCUUCAGACUGCCGUGCAGCAAACUACUUUUACAAUGGGUUCAUACGUCUGCAGUCACUGAUUGAUGCUGCUAUCAUACAGAUGCAGACGAAACGUUCAGCAUGGAGAGAGCUGAAGUUGCGUGUGGUAAUGAUGGGUCACCCAGGCUCAGUGGAGGUCCAGAAGUUUCCUCAUGCGCUCAUCUCCAUCUAUCUAGUGCUGGCCUUCACACCAUUUGUCUCCUUCCUCAUUGUCAAUGUAGCAGCUGAGAAAGAGCAUCGGCUGAAAGACACCAUGACCAUGAUGGGACUGUAUGACACGGCAUUCUGGCUCUCAUGGGGUCUUCUCUAUGCUGCCCUGGUGACAACGAUGUCUGUUCUUAUGGCUAUUAUUGCCACAUGGACCCCUCUCUUCUCCAACAGCAAUUUCCUCAUCAUCUUCCUCCUCAUUUUCCUCUAUGGAAUAUCCACUAUCUUCUUCUCCUUCAUGCUGACUCCUUUGUUUAAGAAACCCAAGUUUGCAAGUACAGUGGGCUCCAUGCUGACCCUGGUGUUUGGCUCUCUGUCUCUGUUUACUGUGCUGAUGAGGGACUUUCCCCAGCUGGCUGUCUGGCUGCUCUGCCUGCUUUCCCCCAGUGCCUUCUCAAUAGGUAUUGCACAGGUGGUGUAUCUGGAGGCACAGGAGGAUGGGGCAGUCUUCUCCACUCUGGCUAAUGGCCCUCAUCCACUCUAUGUGCCACUGCUUAUGCUUUGCUUAGACUGCAUCCUCUAUCUGCUGCUUGCCAUUUACCUAGAGCAGGUUUUGCCAGGUGAGUUUGGAAUGCGACGUUCUAUGAUCUACUUCCUGAAGCCUUCUUAUUGGUCAAGACGCAGGAAGCGCUAUGUGGAAGUGAGCUCUGUGUAUGAGGCAGAGGUGAAUGGAACUCCUACAGCUGAUGAAUCAGUAGAGCCUGUUUCUCCUGAGUUUAGAGGCAAAGAAGCUAUCAGGAUCUGUAACAUCCGUAAAACCUAUAAAGGGAAAGACAACACAGUGGAAGCAUUGAGAGGUUUGACCUUUGAUAUCUAUGAAGGCCAAAUUACAGCUCUGUUGGGUCACAGUGGAGCAGGAAAAUCUACCCUCAUGAACAUCCUGUGUGGCAUUUGUCCUCCAACAGAAGGCUCUGCUACCAUAUAUGGCUCCCCGGUGGCGGAAAUAGCAGAUGGGGUUGAGAUGAAGCAGCUUGUGGGGAUCUGCCCUCAGUUCAACAUCAUCUUUGAUGUGCUGACUGUAGAGGAGCAUCUGAAGAUUUUUGCAGCUAUUAAAGGCAUUCUGCCCUGUGACACUGAUAAUGAGGUUAAGAAAGUUUUGAAGGCUCUAGACCUGGAGAAGAUCAUGGAUGCCCAGGCCAAGAACCUGAGUGGAGGUCAGAAGAGGAAGCUGUCUGUGGGCAUUGCAAUUCUAGGAGACCCCAAGAUCCUGCUUCUGGAUGAACCUACAGCUGGUAUGGACCCAGUGUCUCGUCACCAAGUGUGGUCAUUACUGAAGAGUCGCAGAGCAGGCAGAGUUACUGUCCUUAGCACACACUAUAUGGAUGAAGCGGACAUACUUGCAGAUCGUAAGGCAAUUAUCUCUCAAGGCCAGCUGAAAUGUGUGGGUUCUUCUCUCUACCUCAAAACUAAAUGUGGUGUUGGCUACCACCUCAGGAUGUCUGUGACUGAAACCUGUGAGGUAGACAGCCUCACAUCAUUGGUCAAGCAGCAUGUUUUGAAGGCUGAGUUGUCAAGGCAACAAGAAGCUGAACUCACAUUCACAUUGCCUUUUGAGAGCAUGGAAACAUUUCCAGGACUUUUUGCCAAGCUGGACAGUAGAUCUGACUUGGGUAUCAUAAACUAUGGUGUUUCCAUGACAACAUUAGAAGAUGUCUUUCUGCGUUUGGAGGCAGAAGCGGAAGUGGACCAGACGGACUACAGUGUGUUUAACCAGGAGAAGGUAGAAGAAGGAGGUGACCCCUCCUGUCUGGAUGAUGUGGACCAGAGACUUCUGACCUUCUCAGAGGGCAGGCAUGAUGCAGUGACUGGCCACACCCUCUGGACUCAGCAGUUUAGCACUGUGGCCUGGCUCCAUAUGCUCAACCUGCAAAGGGAGAAAAAACCCAUCAUAUACAAUGUGACUCUGUUCCUGGUCUUCUUGACUGCAGUGCUGGUUGUCUCACUGGCUACGGGGAAUAUUAAGAUCCACUCCCCUGAGAUACAGUUAAAGUCUAUUUAUCUGCUUCGCAGCCAUGAAGCACCUCGCAAAUAUGCCACCAGCUUGCUCGUGCUCAACUCCUCUGAUUCAGAUAUAUCAGGCUUCAUUCAUAAUCUGGAGUCCCAGGACAUUAAGGUGGAAAUAAUGAGGAAACCGGACUACAUGUCUGCUGCACCUCACAGUGCUGCCAUCAAUGUAACAGGUUCCAGUAAGGGUUUUAAUUACAUUGUAGCCUUUAACAGUACUACAGUGCACUCUUUGCCAAUGGCAGUGAAUGUUCUGAGCAACGCUCUCCUCAGAGGCUACAAUGGUACUGGUCACAUAAACACCUGGACCAAACCCUUUGACUAUCAAAUUGCAGAUUCAACAACUCAGGCUGAGGUUUUCAUUGAGGCUGUGAUACUGAGUAUGCUAGCAGCUGGAAUGCCAGCCUAUUUCGCAAUGGACCAUACACGAGAUCGAGAGAUAAAGUGUCAUUCAACAUUGAGGAUCUCUGGUUUGGUGCCGUCAGCAUACUGGUGUGGGCAAGCAGCUGUAGAUAUCCCCUUCUUCUACCUCAUCCUCAUCUGUAUGACCUGCACAUUGUUCGCUUUUCACUCCACAGACCUGCUUUCUAACAGCAAUGUCUUGGCUGUGAUUAUUUCUCUCAUUGGUUUCUGCCCAGCCAUGAUCCUCUUCACAUACUGUGUGUCUUUCAUGUUUACUAAAGUCCAGAGCAACAGAGACUUUUUCUCCGUCGUCUCUAUGAUGGUUUGUUUAGUGUCUGCCUGCAUGGUUCAGAUGGUCUUUGUGAAUGAUAAUCCUGGACUAACACGUUUCCUACAUAAUGUGCUGUGUUUCUUCAACCCACUGUAUCCGCUGAUAGGGUGCUUCAGCUGCAUUACCAUGGCUACAUUCUUAAGUCCUUACCAUGAGGACUUCCUUUGGAAGAAUUUACUUAUUGCUGCUAUUUCUCCCUACUUCCAGUGCAUUUUGCUUCUGUUUUUGCUGCUAUGGCUAGAGAACCGCUAUGGAGGCCAAACUAUGAAAAAUGACCAGCUGUGCAGGGUUUCAUGUAAAACCAAGGGCAAAUUGCAGUGGAACCCAGAGGAGAAUAUUAAUGAGGAUGAGGAUGUUAUGAUGGAGAAGGCUCGAGUGAAGGAGGCCCUCACCUGUCAGUGCUGUGAAGAGAAACCAUUGGUGGUGGUGAGUAACCUGAGGAAGGAGUACUUAGUGAGGAAAGAGGGCUUCUCCUUAAGUAAAAAGAGAAAAGUGGCUGCCAAGAACAUCUCCUUCUGUGUCAGAAAAGGUGAGAUCCUGGGGCUUCUGGGACCUAAUGGAGCAGGGAAGAGCACGAUCAUGCACAUGCUCUCCGGAGAGACGACUCCUACUGCAGGACAAAUUUUAAUGGGAGACUAUGGCACAGAGUUCAGGCCAGUGGAUAACCCACUUGAGCAUGUAGGGUACAGCCCCCAGGUAAACCCACUGUGGCCUAGGAUCACCCUACAAGAGCACCUCCAGAUCUAUGCUGCCAUUAAGGGUUUACACCACAAAGAUGCACUGAACAUCAUCAGACGUGUUGUUAAUGCACUGGAGUUGAAGGAGCACCUUCAUAAACAGGCUAAAAGUCUGUCUGCAGGCCUUAAGAGGAAGUUGUGUUUUGCAUUAAGCAUGCUGGGGAACCCUCAGAUUGUGCUCCUAGAUGAACCUUCAUCUGGGAUGGACCCCAAGUCUAAGCAGCGAAUGUGGAGAGCGAUGCGUGUGGCCUUUAAAAACAAACAGCGUGGAGCUAUCUUAACAACGCACUACAUGGAGGAGGCAGAAGCUGUGUGUGAUCGAGUGGCCAUCAUGGUUUCUGGCCAAUUACGUUGCAUUGGUUCCAUACAGCACCUAAAGGGGAAAUAUGGUCGAGGUUACAGUCUGGAGAUUAAACUUCGAGAAGAACUCACAGGCCUCCAGCAGGUGGCACUACUACACAAGGAGAUACUAAGGAUCUUUCCUCAUGCGGCACGCCAGGAGAGUUUUGCCACCUUGAUGGUUUAUAAGAUUCCAAUGGGGGAUGUUAUAUCACUAGCCAAAGCUUUCUCUCAGUUAGAGAGUGCUAAGCAAAACUUCAAUUUUGAAGAGUACAACUUUUCACAGUCUACUUUGGAGCAGGUUUUCAUGGAAUUUGCUAAAGAACAGGAGAAUGAGGAGGAUGACGUGGGCUCUCUUAGCACCACAUUCCAGUGGCAGCGGCUACCGCAGGAUGGCAGAGCGUCCGUCAAUCAUUCUGAUAGUAUUGUGUACCAGUUGUGAGCCAGCCCUUUCAGCCCUCUGUCUCCCCCUACCAUCUCUGUGUGUCUCACUCCAGAUAGUUGGUGCCCCAGUACUAGGUGCCACUGCUAUGAGGGUCUGCAGAUCAAUGGAGUUGGCACGGGCACUAACUCGACCAACAUGACUGCAUUAUUCACAUCUCCAGAUGACACUUGCAGUUUCCUAAGCUUGUGCUGGGAUUUAAAAAAUCUUUGAGACUGAGAGAUUUUUGAAUUCCCACCCCUUAUUUAUUCUACAUACCUUUCCUACUUACUGGCCUUUGUGAACAGGUUUAUACCACGCUCACUUGUGUCUUGAGCUUAUCUACCAGCUGCUGGGUGAUGUCAUGCGUGUUGAAUCAAUCAACAGGUAGAAAAGCAAUGCAACGGAGGCGUAUCGCUGAAUCACUUAUUCACAUCAACACUAAAAAAGGUGCUUUCAGUUUUUGUAGCAAGAGAUCUAAAGCGUAUAUGCUCUUGUAUGUACUUUGUCCUUGGGAAUCUGAUGCAUGUGCAUGUGGUUCACAAGCACAGUGUGAUGGCACUGCCGAGACAUACCAGCAUGUUGAGUCUCUGCUUCUCAACCCCACCAUGAGGUAUGAGGAGUGUCCACUGCCUCUGCUGCAUCAGCGGAGCUCUUGGACUCCUUUUCCAACACCAGCACACGCUUCAGGUCCUUAGACAUUCAGCUGUCCAAAGACUGAUGCCUGAUCAGUAGGUAUAGACCUGCACACAUCAGUAUAGGUACUGAAUGGCAAGUGAUUUCACAAAUCCACCCCCCCCCCCCUUGUCUGUUGUGUGUGAGUGUGUGUGUGAGUGUGUGUGUGAGUGUGUGUGUGAGUGUGUGUGUGAGUGUGUGUGUGAGUGUGUGUGUGUGAGUGUGUGUGUGUGAGUGUGUGUGUGAGUGUGUGUGUGAGUGUGUGUGUGAGUGUGUGUGUGAGUGUGUGUGUGAGUGUGUGUGAGUGUGUGUGUGAGUGUGUGUGUGAGUGUGUGUGUGAGUGUGUGUGUGAGUGUGUGUGUGUGAGUGUGUGUGUGAGUGUGUGUGUGUGAGUGUGUGUGUGAGUGUGUGUGUGAGUGUGUGUGUGUGAGAGUGUGUGUGUGUAAUUUUUAUUUUUUACUUUCCUUGGGGCCUUCCUUACACCUUCCUGUUCUCGUGUAGAUGUCAUAAAUGAUUGAAUGUAGAAUGUAGUUUCCCAUGCACUCCACUUACAUGCAUGUAGCACUCUUAAUUUAUCAGACUUGGAAACAUGGCCUAGAGGUGGUGGGGAAGGCUUUGAAGUCAGAGGACUCCUUUCCUUUCCUGUUUUAAUUAUUUAACAUUGCAUCUCAGCAAGUCCUUGGACGCAUGAUGGAACUAUUAUUUGUGUUAUUGAAAAAUGGGAUUGUGACAGUUAUCCUACUUUUGUAGCAAAGAUUAAGAGCUUUAUGGUGGAGAAAAUGCUUUUUAAUGGACGGAGCUUAUUUUCACACAUUGUAUUCACUUAUUUCAAUUUAUUUUCCCCUUUUGGAAGAAGACUAAUAUUAAUUAAUAUUAAGAAGACUAACCUAUUAACAUUAAUAAUAUUAACAUUGUUGAUUAAAGGUGUUGUCUGGUUAUUGCUUCUUUGGCACAGGCUACACACAGAAUAACAAAUGCAAAUUCAACAUGAUCUAAAACAAGUGACUGUUUGAAUUAUUUUUAAUUAUUGUACUUGUAAAAAGGAGAAUGAGCAGAUUAGUAUGGAGUUUAGAUUUUGCAAUAAAGCAAUUCUUUCCAUGUCCAUAUUUUUCUUUAUGCAGAUCAACACAACUGUUUGUUAUAGAGAGAUGUUUUUAUGUUUCAGGUGUGUCAAUUAAGUGCAGUUCAAAAAUUCAGCAGCAAUUAAAAAUCUUUUUUUUUUUUUUUUUUGAGGUGGAAUAAGCAUCGUUAUUAUAGUUACCUCUUCUCCAUAGGUUAGCAGUUAGAGUUGUCACUUUUAUUGAUUGGUGGCUGGAUGGGUGAAAUGCUCCCAAUGAAAGACUGUAUUUUUGUCUAGAAUGAGUCAUUAGCAUGCAGUUGAAUUUAUUAACUCAGCACCUCUAAUCCUGUGUAAGAGUGACAGUUUGACCCUGUUUGUCUGGUACACAAGUAGCUAUGUAAAGUUGUUGCGGUUUUGUUGAUAUGAAAAGCUGUUAAAGUCUGUUCGAGUGUCUUUAGGGGUUGGCUACUUGUUUGUACAUAUUUCAAUAUUUUUCUCUUCUAUUUCACAAUUAAAACAAACUUGUCCCUGAAUAUAAAACGAGGGAGAUAUUCUGCUUGAAACAGUCCUAAAAAAUUGUAAUUCAUGUUAAGGUGGUGCAACGUACUAAUUUUGGUAUAUCUACUAUAUUUUACUUGCAUUCAGUUAGGGUUUUUGAGGGCUUUUGAAAUAUUUGGUGUAUUUAUACUUAACUGAACUGUUAUCUUGUCCCUUGCAACUGGCCAUCAUGGUGUACUAACAUUUUUAUUUGUAAUAUUAUAAGAGGCAAGUUAAAAUUUGUUUAGUGUCCAAUAGCAUCAAGAGCAACGCACUAACAUUAGCAGCGAGGCCAGUUGAUCUUAAAGCCAAGCCGAGUGUGUAAGCUUUCUGCAAAACAUCUGUAAUGUGAUGUGAAUGUCUUGGAGAUUGUUGGAAUGGUUCUACUUAUGGCACUGCUACUUUUGUUUGUGUAUUGAUAAAGUUGAAAGUUGCUAUUUUUUAAUAAAUGAGCUUUAUUUUUGCACAUAUGUAGCCUCUUAUACUGGUAUGGCUGAACAUCUGUAUGAUGUUGCUUCUCCUUUCUUAGGGUUUUUGGUAUGUUUAAUGAAAUCUACCUUGGAAAAAAUAUGCUAUUUUCUACCAAAGUGCAAUAUAGGAAAACCUUUUUGUGUAUGUGCGGUCACUGCUUCCUGUAAAUGAUGUGUCAUGCCUAACUGAAAUAUCAGUGUCUAUUUUGUGAACUCAGAAGUGUCUUGCAGUAAUAUGUAGCCACCAAUAUGUAACCUUGUAGAAUGCGUUUGUUAUUUCGUACCCAGAUACCAAAAAACUAAUAAAAGAUAAUAUGAAUAUAGAUUGAAUUUAAACAAACAGUUGAUUCACCAGCUGAAGUGGUUACUUUAAUAGAAGAUGUUCACAGGGUUUUGUUUCCCCUUUAUUUUUGUUUAUAGGAUUUCAGGCCUGUUCACAUUCCUAUAUAUAGUAUUUGCUCAUUUUAAACACAGCUUCUAGUACUCAAACUCAUGACUGUGAUUUUAGUUUAAUCACCUCAGGAGACUGGAGAUUUUUUUUUUUCUUCUUUAUAAAAUUGUUUUGCUGUAUUAUGCAAUCUUUUAAACGAGUGUGCACUAAUUUUCUGUGAAUGUGUGUGUGUGUGUGUGUGUGUGUGUGUGAUGUGAUGUGAUCUAUUGUUCUUGUUAUUUAUUUUUGUGCUGAUUUACACACAGUUCAUCUCUUUAACAUGUGUUUGUUAAAAGGCAUUUAACCCACAGAAAUGAAAUAAAAAAAUGUAUGGAAACUCCA